AUGCUUGGUGUCUCGCUACUAUCCAAGGCAGCAGCUAUUGUGUUGCUUGCAGGAAUUACAUAUGCUAGCCCGGUGGCAGACUUUUUACAACGGCCUAUUGGUGCUUUGAAUGAUCAUCAACAUCAUCAUGAAGGCUUGACGCAACAUCAUUGUGGAACAUUUUCCAGCGAGUCACAAGAUCGAGACAAGUUUACCGAUGCAUGGCUCUCUUCUCUUCACCCUAGUUUACCAGAGCAUUCGAUACGUUACAAGACGCCUGAUGAUGGUAUCUGUGACCCAAGUGUCAAACAGAUCAGUGGCUAUUUGGAUGUUGAAAAGGAUAAGCACUUUUUCUUUUGGUUCUUUGAAUCACGCCAUAAUCCUAAGGAGGAUCCACUUAUUCUUUGGGUGGAUGGAGGUCCUGGAUGCUCAUCCAUGGUUGGUCUUUUGACCGAAUACGGGCCAUGCCUUGUUGACAAAGAGACAGGGGAUACAACCUUAAACAAGCAUUCUUGGAACAACAAUGCAAGCGUCAUCUUCCUUGAUCAGCCCUUGAAUGUGGGGUAUUCUUAUGGAAAGGGCGGUGCUCUCGAUUCGGUUGCUGCUGCUCAAGACGUGUAUAGUUUCCUUCAAAUCUUCUUUAAGGAGUUCCCUGAUUAUGCAUCUCUUGAUUUCCAUGUUGCUGGUGAAUCAUAUGCUGGCCAUUUUGUUCCUGCUAUCGCUGGUGAGAUCAACCGCAACAAUAAGGAUCUAUCUCUUUCCUUUUCUCUUUCCAUGGAAUCCGCUCUCUCGACUAUCAACCUCAAAUCGAUUUUGGUUGGUAACGGGCUUACCGAUGCAUUAACACAAUACAAGUAUGCAUCCGAAUUUGCAUGUGGCAAUUCUUAUGGAAUCUUCCUUGACCAAGAGACGUGCGAUCAAAUGGAUGAAAAGUACCCUGCAUGUGCAGAGCUUAUCAAAGAGUGCUACGCAUCCCAAGACAAAGCCUCGUGUAUGCCAGCUUAUCUUCAAUGCAACAGGGACAUACUUGAACCCUACCGAGCACAAGGCAAAAAUCUAUAUGACGUUCGUAAAGAAUGCAAAGUCGACAAGUUGUGCUUUGAGAUCGUGGGUGUUAUGGAAGCCUAUCUCAAUCGGCCCGAGGUUAUGAAGGCACUUGGUGCACAAGUCGACACGUUUGAAAGCUGCAAUGAUGAUCUCGGCUUUGAAUUCAGCACUUAUGAUUGGAUGCGACCUUAUGUCAACGAGAUACCACUGCUUUUGGAAGAUGAUAUUCGCGUCUUGAUUUAUGCUGGUGACGCUGACUUUAUAUGCAAUUGGAUGGGCAACAAAGCAUGGAUGAUUGAAUUGCCUUGGAAUGGUCAUGAUGAAUUUGCUGCUGCCAACGACACGGAUUGGUUUUCCAUCACCGCGAAUGAGCAAGGUGGUGAGCUGCGUACCACCAAAGACGGCCGUUUCGCCUUUUUACGAGUUUUCGAUUCGGGGCAUAUGGUGGGCAUGGAUCGAGGCGACUAUGCUAUAGACAUGUUGAAUAGCUGGCUACAAGGCACUCUUGUUUAA